AUGGCUUUCGGAGGAUCAGGUUUUAGCUUUGGUAAUAAUACUCAAAAUCCCAAUAAUACUCAACAAACAAGUACAGGUUUUAGCUUUGGUGCGCCUCAAACAACUGGCUCUACUGGGUUUGGCUUUGGAGCACAACAAACACAACCACAAACAAAUGGAGGAUUUGGAACUAGUAGUGGUUUUGGCAGCACUAGUUCAUUUGGCAACACUCAAAAUACCUUUGGAAAUCCUGCAGGUGGAAUGAGUUCAAGCGGGGCAGGAUUUGGUAGUUCUUUUGGUUUCGGAGGUACGACGAACACGGGUUUCGGUCAACCCCAGAAUACCGCGAGUGGCUCUGGAACCGCACCAGGUGCGUUUGGUGGAACCUUUGGCACUAAUACCACUACCACUAGUACAGGGGGAGCUUUUGGAUCUGGUGUUGGAGGAUUUGGUGCUUCUCCCGCACCUGCUUUUGGUUCUGGUGCAUUUGGUUCACCCGCUAAAUCGAAUCCCAUUGGUUUUGGAUUUGGCAACACACAAACACCACAACAACCACCAUCACUCUCUUUAAAUACAGGCAAUGCGUUUGGUGGUGGGUUCGGUGCGGGGCAGCAACCGCAACCGAACACUAAUACCCAGACAAGUAAUUUUUCAUUUAAUCAACCACAAUCUUCUACAUCUAAACCUGCUUUUGGUUUUGGUCAAUCUGGUAGCGUUAAUAAUACUUUUGGUAGUGGAUUUGGAUUACAACCAUCUAAUACAUUUCAACUUGGACAACCAUCAUCAUCUGCCACGAGUACAUUUGGCGGUCAAAAACCCACUUGGUCUUUUCCAUCUUCGACAACGGCAACUCCAUCCCUAAAUUUUCCUUCGUUUAGUCAACCAUCUGUAACGAGCAAUCCUUUUUCACUUACGACUAGUGGAACAACAACUGGAGGACUGAAUCUCGGUCCAGUUGAGAAAACCCCUUAUGAGAAGUUGACUGAACUUGGCAUUGCUUGGGACCUUAAUCAUCAUGAUUAUAAAUUCCAGUUUUAUUUUUAUAAUAUGGUUCACCCCAAAGACAUGAAACCUGUUGGACCGCCAACAGAUCGGUCGCCGGCAUUAUGGGAACAGGCGCAAAAAAAUAAUCCUGAUCCGUCAUGCAGCAUGGUUCCAGGUUUGUCACUUGGAUUUGAUGGAAUCAAAAAACGAAUUGAAUAUGCGCAGAAGUUUUCUGAAAUGUCUAAAAGCAAACUUGAGGAACUAGAAAGACAAAUAAAAAAUAUGGAGGAUAAACAUCACAUGGACAACUUAGUAAAAAUUGACAGAUGUAAGCAGAAAACUCUGGAAAUUACAGAACGAAUGAUAUCGGUCAUGAAACAAUUGCACCUAAAGAAACUCAAAGGAAAACCACUCCGCCCUGAAGACGAAAGAAAUCAAGCAGAGCUCGAACGAAUUCAUCAAAAGCUACAGAGAUCAUUACAGAAAUUGGAUCAUUUGAAUACCGAAGUUAGUCGGAUGAAAGUCCAGAUGGGGUCGCAGAUACCGACUACGCAAAAGUUCAAUGUGGGUGAUGAGGGCCAAUUGAAUUCGAUAAUUGAGGUAUUGGCCGAUGAACAGCAUGGCAUUUCUCAACUUAUACGUACAGUUCAACGAGAUUCAGAGGAUGUGCAAGAAGCGAACAAUGCAUUAUUAAAGAAAUUAAUCAAAUAA